GCAGUCGCGUACUCGCGUGUGUAUAUUAGCUUAUGAGUCCUCUCGGAAGCUAAACCAACUUCAGAUAUAUGCGUAUGGACGAGUCCGGGCGAAUGCGGAUGGGAAGGCCCAGCUUACCACGGCGCCGUUCCAUGGAAGACACGUCGGCUGCCGCCACAAGACUUUCCAUGGAGGCCCUGGACCCUGACGACUUCGCUGACGUUUUCGGCGGCCCACCUCGCAGCGUUUUGUCCCGUAAAUACUCAGCCGACUUCACUAGAUCAUCCACUUCUUUUUACGAGGACAUUUUCCGUCCGCCGGAGUUUGUUACUUCCAUCGAGAAGAAGAGUGGUGGAGGACGGAGCUUGCCGGCUUUCAGGAUCCCUGCUAAGGGUGAGGGAUUCUACGGUGAUGUUUUUGGUUGGGAGGAGGAUCGGAGGUCGAGGGACAGAUCGAAGCCUAACUCUAAGGCUAAAUCGAAGUCGAAUUCCUCGUCGGUGCUGAGUUCAGAGGAGCUGAGCCCUCAUCGGCGUCCAGUGACCGGCGAUGAUGUUGCAUUGUCUUCUUUUGCUUCGAAGCUCAGGCCUAUCAAUGUGCCUUAUAGAUGGACCACCACUGCAAUGAGACCUGAAGAACAAGCAAGGAAAGUAGAGAUGCACUCUUUUUCAAGCAAUUUUCCUUCUGACGAGUAUUACAUGGAAAAUGAAUACAAUGACAGUUUCAGAAGCUCCUAUAUCACAGUUUCACGGCAGAUCUCAUCCCCAGAAACCAUUAGUCUUGAUCCCAAUUCAUAUCCAAGCAUCAAGGUAUCUGUGGACGAUUUAGAGCUUAACUCCACUUCCUCUCCUGUCUCUUCACUUUGUCAAGAACAGGUGGCAAGUGCUGGUAAGCAGUCUAAUUUAAUGCCAGAAGAAGAAAUGGAACAGGAAGAAGAUGAAGUUAUUAGUUCUUAUGUCAUUGAGAUCAAUUCUGAUCAUAGAGAAGUAGCAAGUGAAGCAAUUUCCAUUGAUGAAGCAAUUGCGUGGGCUAAGGAGAAGUUUCAGGCACAAAGUUUUGACAGACAAAAAAAGGAAGAUCUCUCAGCUGAGGUAGAAGAAAGGCCAAACUCGCAUGAAUUUAUAUCAUCACAAAUGGAUGGACAUGGAAGUACGCAAUCUCCCACGGAAGAAGAGUUAAAGAAAUGGAGAAGUGAAGAAGAAAUAGAACAAUCAGAAAAAGAUAUGGAGCUGGAGCUACUGGAUGAAGAUAUCCAGUUAUGGUCAGCCGGCAAGGAGACCAACAUACGUUUGCUGCUUUCAACACUACAUCAUAUUCUCUGGCUCAACAGCGGGUGGCCUGCAACCCCUCUAACCAGCCUUAUUGAAAGCUCACAUGUAAAGAAGGCCUAUCAGAAAGCAAGGUUGUGUCUCCACCCAGACAAAUUGCAACAAAGAGGGGCUACACUACAACAAAAGUACGUUGCAGAAAAGGCCUUCUCCAUCCUCCAGGACGCAUGGGCUGCAUUCAUCUCCCAAGAUAUCUUGUUUAACUAGUGGACAGUUCAGGAUUCUUUUGUAUUCAGUUUUGUGAAGUAAGUUGGAAACCAGGGGCAAGUUAGCUAGAACAUUUGAAGAAUGGAGAAGAAACACUUAUUCAAAAAUUUUAUAUGUUCAUCUGAUGCCUAGCUUGCCUUCUUCUUCCAUCCUAAGACGAGAUGAAGAUAAGAAUGAUAGUAUUGUUAAUAUGAGUUGGUAUUUGGGUUUGUAUUCAAAACAACACUCUUCCAACUCCACCUCCCAGAUCAGUUGUUCUUAAUCAAUCAUUCAUAUUCCACCCUUGACAUAAUAAUGUGUUUUUGGACUGUAAUUUCCAUCGAA